AUGAAUGGAUCGUAAUUUAGCUUUGAAAUGAGUGAUUCCUAAAUUGCUAAUGGAUCUUCUAUAGAUUUUGGUGGUUGCUUAGAUUUCUUUAUUUCUUAAUAUAGUAAUUAAAACACAGAUAUAAAAAUUUAUAAUUCUACCUUUAAGAAAUGCAAAAGUUAAUAUCUAGGUGGAGCUAUUUCAGGAAUUCGAGAUAUUAUUACAUUAGAAAAUGUUAAUUUCAUUGAGUGCAGUAGCUAAAUAGGAGGCGCUAUAUACUCUAUUCCUAUUAUAAAAUUUACUUUAUCUGAUAAGUAUUUUUCUUAAAACAAAGGUUAUUUAGCUGCUAAUAAUUAUAAUUAAAAAAAAAUAUAAUUAAAUAUGCUAGAUAUAUUAGAAUUUAAUUAAAACAGCAACAAUGAUACUGAUUUAUUUUAAAAAACAGAUGAGUAUUUAUAUCCAGGAUUGACUUAUAUUUUAAGACUCUAUAUUACUGUAGAUGGUGAGGAUUACUAUACCUUCACUAAUCAAAACAAUUUUGGCAAUCUUUAUAAAUAUAUAUUUAAACCUUCAAAUAACUUCAUAUCAAAUACCCCACAGUAAUUACUUUCUAUAAACUUUCCAUUCUUACUCUGGUAUGCCUAAGAUAUCUCUUUUAAUGGAAAAUAAACAGCUUAAUUUGAAUCAUUUAGCAUUUAAUUCGUAAGCAGUUUCUACUUAGAUACAAAUUAGUAUAAAAUAUAUAAUGGCUGUAAAGAGUAAGGAAUGGAAAAAAUUUACUUAAAUAAUUAGAAAAAUUUAUAAUUUAUUUGUAAAUACUGCCAGCAAAUGAAGGUUAGCUAUCAUGGAGUAUGUCAAAACUGUCCAACUGAUUAUUUCUUAAACUGUUAUGGAAAUUAUUCUGAAUUAAAAUAAUUUUAUUGGAGAUCCUUUUAUUCAGUUAAUCCAGAUGAUAUAUUUUAUUGUUCCAAUAACCCACAAAGUUGCUCAGGAGGCAGCGGAAUAGGUAAUUAGCUUUGUUAUGAAGGUCAUAUUGGACCUUAGUGUUUGGAUUGUGAUAUUAAUGGAAGCUAUUGGGGUGAAAGGUAUUCUAUGGUUGGAUUCUUUUAAUGUUCUUGUCUUUAUCUUAUUAUCAACAUUUAAAAGACUAAAAAAUGA